CGAAACGUCAGAUUUGAUUCAAGUGUAUGUGUGUUAUUUAGCAACAAUCGAUCAUGGAUUAUUCGAAGAUAUUUGUAAAAUGGAGUGGAAAAGAGUACGAAGUGGACGUGUCCGAAAACGACACUGUGGAGGACUUGAAGAAUGCGAUCCAAAAACAAACCGGAGUCAAACCUGAACGUCAGAAGUUGCUCAAUUUAAAAUUUAAAGGCAAAACGCCGGAAAAUGAUUGUAGAAUGUCCCAGUUGAAACUGAAGGCGAAUUUUAAGAUAAUGAUGAUGGGUUCAUUGGAAGAGGACAUAGUGGAAGUUAACACAACACCUGAAAACAUGCCAGAAGUCAUCAAUGAUUUGGAUAUAGAAGAUGAGGAGAUUGCAAUUGAAAACCAAGAGGUUUAUUUGUCAAAAAUACAAAGAAGAAUCAAAGAUUAUGAAGUAAAAAUAUUGAAUGAUUUGCGCCCAGACAAAAAACUAUUAGUGCUAGACAUUGAUUAUACUUUGUUUGAUCACAGGUCAGUUGCUGAAACAGGAAUUGAAUUAAUGAGGCCUUACUUACAUGAGUUUUUAACCAGUGCAUAUGAGCAUUACGACAUUGUUAUUUGGUCAGCAACUGGCAUGAAAUGGAUUGAAGAGAAGAUGAAAUUGUUGGGUGUUGUGUCCAAUCCCAAUUACAAAAUUGCCUUUUAUUUAGAUUCUCUAGCUAUGAUCUCAGUUCACACUCCAAAAUAUGGUGUAAUGGAUGUGAAACCCCUGGGUGUGAUAUGGGGAAAAUUUGAACAGUUUUCGCCGAAAAACACGAUCAUGUUCGACGACAUUAGGCGCAAUUUCCUCAUGAAUCCAAAAAAUGGUUUGCGAAUAAAACCUUUUAGGCAGGCGCACCUGAACCGGGAUAAGGAUAAUGAAUUAUUGCGUCUGAGUAAAUAUUUAAAGGAUCUGGCUUUACAUUGCCACGAUUUCACGACCGUCAAUCAUCGACAUUGGGAAAAGUAUAAGCCCAGGAGACAUGAGAGGAGACACUGAAAUGUUUUUUCUGUUGAUUAUGUCGUUUUAUACUGUAUUCAUUAAUUGCAAACACGAUUUUGUGAAAAAUA